CCAAACCAAGGUGACCAAAUUCUCUCUCAACAUUUCCCGAACUUUUUUUUUUUUUUUUGGUUUCUGUCCAUUUUUGCUGAGCGAGCCUCAUAGCACUUCACUUUCUCUGUCAUCUUGCAAUGGAAAAAGUUUGUGAAAUAUGUGGUGGUGGUGGUAAUAAUCCUCGUUACAAACUUUUACUUGUAACUUGUUCUGUAUGCAACAUAACUUGCGAACAUAUUUAUUGCAUGGGAAGAAAAGUAAAGCACGAGGUCCCUGAAGAUUGGAUCUGUGAAUCAUGCCAAAGUGUCAGUGACUCGGUUUUGAUGGAAUCUGGGAAGAAAGAUGAAGCUGUCACAAUAGCAAUGAGCAAGGGGCAAUUGUCAGUUUCACAGCUUCAUUCCAAGAAGCAAAAGCCUGUAGAAACUGGUAAAGUUAAGUUCAUUCCUCAUGAAGAAAUGAUUAAGCUAUCUUCAGAGACCUUCAAUGAGUCAAAAGUAGCUUCUGGAAAGUUGCAUGCUCACCAGAAGAAAUCUAGGGAUGUUAUUUUGGUUCCCAAAAAUCAUUGUGACAUUUCUGAAAAGAAGAUGGAGAAUUCAACUAAAAAAUCACCUUUAUGCUCUAGACCUGUUGAUCAAGGUGGUGUUCCUAGGAUCAUUUCAGAGAAAAAACAUGCUGCCCCAUGCACAAAAGAGCCUCUAACAAAAAGACAGCAUGUAUCUAGCAAAGUUGGAAUUUCAAAUAAAAAGAUAGAGAAGAAACUAGUCAAAGAAUCAUGCACAUUGUUGCCAUCAUCACUUGAUGUUAGUGCAGGUGGUAAAACUAAGGAUGUUCAAGGAGACCUGCCAAAUUUCCCACUUAGUUUUACCUUGUAUAUCACAUAUUUUCCCGCUCCAGAUGUAACUUGGAAGGGAGGCUUCAGCAUUCUAAAUUGGAUUCCAUGUGAAUUCUUCAGUAGGUUCCAGGCACAACUUCCUUGUAAAGUUCAUCCUGAAGUUUAUAAAAUUUCGAGAAAGAUGCCUCCAGUUCUUCAAGUUAAGAUGCUUCCUCAGUGCCAUUUCUUUGCUGAUCUCUUCCAGGAUGUUUGUCCAGAUCUUUUAGAUGUUGGAAUGUACUUUUUCCCAGCUGAUAACAUUGAAAGAUCAAGACAGAGCUAUGUGAAGCUGUUUGAACACAUGCAAGUCAAUGAAUCAGUUAUGAUAAGUUAUAUUGAUGGUGUUGAGCUGCUAAUAUUUACAUCUACACAGCUUAAUGCCGAUUCACAGAAUAUUUUGUCCUCAGAAUCAAAACAAUUCUUAUGGGGCAUCUUUCGUAGCACCAAUGAUAAGCUUCUUCCUUCCAAUGCACAAGAGAAGCUCCCCACAUUGGUUAAUUCUCCGGACGAUGAUGAGGACAUGGAAAUCGACGUUCCACUGAUUCGUAAAGGGCGAAGAUUUUCGUAGAAUUCAGAGAAGAAUAGCCUAGAAAACAUUACAAUCAGGUUUCAUAUCAGAUAUCAUAUCUGUUUCCUCUAUGUAGAUGAUCACAGUAGAAGUUGGACAGUUGUAGUAGAAAAGUAGAGACUAGGCUAAACUCUAACUUAGAUGUAUAUAUAUAUAUAUAUAUAUAUAUAGUAAGAAAAAGAAGCUCCAUGGCUAUGGUUUUUGAUAUUGUUGGGAAUAGGAUAGAAAAUUUCAUUUUGUAUGAGAGAUUGGUGGAUGAGAUUGAUCAUUGUAAAAAGGGGAAGGGUUUCAUUUUAGCAUUGUAAAUUUGUCAUUUUGGGUGUUUUAUUAUUCAAUUAUCUUAGACUUUCUCUAAGAUCUUCAAUGCAAGUAACUUGGACAUUUUCAAUGGACGAUGAUCUUAGAUAAAGAUGAAUAAAUAAUAUAUUUGAGAUAA